AUGACAACACCCUCUCGGUCCUGGAAUGGCUGCGUGCGCUGCAAGAAGCGACGGCAAAAGUGCGGGGAGCAGAAACCGCGGUGCGCUCGGUGUGAAAAGGAUCAAGCAGAUUGUUCUUACCAGAGGACAUUGAGAUUCGGAGGACGCCCCUUUACCCAGUCCCGAUUUGGAACCUGUCUCUCAAAGACGGCCGGAGGAGCGCGAAAGGCUGUAGAGAAUCCACCAUCCAAAGAAACUCUCAGGGUUACAGAGACAGAAUCAACCACGACCGAAUCAGCGAAUGAUGACGAGACUGCUCUGGCUUUAAUUCCAGUCAGUAACCAGGUGGCAGAUCGGGUUUUUGACCACGUCGACCCGUUGUCAUUCAUUCCCCGAGACAACCGUGCUCUGCUGCAGUACUUCACUUGCAAUGCCUCCAUGGCUCUGGCCACGCACACUGUAGUCCAUCAAGAGGUCUGUGAAUUGAUAUUACCAAUGGCUCUUGGAAAUUCCGCCCUCCUUCAUGCCACCCUAGCGUUGGCCGCUAUUCAUCGGAAUUCAUUGACCUCUAUCCCACAAGAUGAGAUGGAUGAAGGUGCUCAAAAACUUGUCAACCACCUGACGACCAAGAGCAUUCGCUAUUUGCGUCAGGAGCUCCAGAACCCAAGAUCGAGCCCGCUGAGCGCUAAAGUCGCCACAACUCGAACACUUUUCCUCUGCGAAGCCAUUUCUGGAUCUCCAUCUCUUCGGGCCUGGCGAGCUCAUUUUCUGGGAGCACGAGCUUUGCUGUCCUCUCAUGAGAUAUCCUCUGACAAAGCCCAAGGGAUUGAACAGGAUUCAUCACUUCCGUUCUUGCAGCGGUGGUAUAAUAUCACUGAAGCUCUUGUUGCGAUCACAGCUGAGGGGUUGUCAGCAGGCCAGAUUGCUUGUGGUGGUCCACGAUCUCUCAUUGGUGAAGCCGAGGAGGCAAGUGUCUCUAUUGACAUGUACACCGGCUGUGCGGAAGAUAUUUCUCAGGUGUUCCGCGAGAUCGGAGCGGUGGCUUGGGAGAGACGGCGUGCAGUCGAUGAUACUGGCCAACACCCAAGGCUCUCGGAACAGGAUUUCCUACGUGAAGCCGAUCUCUUGGAGAGGUCAGUCCGAAGGAUGAUCGAGCGCGACAAGACCCGGACCAAGGUAUUCAACAUUCCGGGCGCUCGUGAUCUAUCUGUAGAGGAGUCCCGGGAAUUCUUGCUUUGUAACGAAGCUUACCAGCACACUGCGCUCAUUCACAUCCAUCGACGGAUUCGCCGGCUUCCUCCCAGUGCUAUGGCCGUACAAAUAUCCGUCCGCAGGAUCAUCGAAUGUGUCGAGAGUAUUAGACCGGCUGCAACCUUGUCACCCCUAACCCUACUGACUACACCUCUGUUCACCGCGGGUUGCGAAUCUACAGGUGCUGAACGUGGCAAGAUUGCGCAGUUGUUGACUAAUAUGUUCGCUCUUCUGCGCCUACCGAACAUGAAGCGUGCGCUGCAGGUACUCGAAGCCUUUUGGAGUGCAUCGGAAGCUUCCGGGGUUGAUUGGGAGGACUUCUCGCGUCAACGGAACUGGGAUUUCUUGCCAUAUUGA